AUGGCUCCUCCGCAGCCAGUAAAUUCGAGUUCAGCUCGAGGAGGCGGAGGCUCUACAGCUUCGCAUUCCAAAAAGAAAAAACCUGCCACUCCAUUCGCUGUCAAACCAAUCAGCGCAUUUUACGUCUUCCUAGGAGCAAACAUUCUGGCAGCUCUAUAUGCUCCUAUACAAGAUUGCGAUGAGACCUUUAACUACUGGGAACCUACACAUUAUCUCAGUCAUGGCUAUGGAUUACAGACAUGGGAAUAUUCUCCAGAAUAUGCAAUUCGAAGUUGGUUGUACAUCACUCUUCAUGCCUUGUUGGGGAAUUUUAGAAGACUACUCCCAUUUCCGACGAAGCUUGGCGAAUUCUAUUUCAUCCGAUAUGGUCUCGCAUUUAUCUGCGCUCUGUGCCAGACUCAAAUGUUUCGAGUUAUCAACGGCACUUUGAAUCCGCGAGUGGCCAUGUUCUUCUUGAUGGCAAACAUAUUUACUCCGGGUUUCUUCCAUGCUUCUGCCUCUUUCUUGCCUUCGAGCUUCGCCAUGUACACAACUAUGCUUGGAAUGGCUGCUUUCAUGAACUGGAGAGGCGGCCUGAAGACUGCGCAGGGCAUCUUUUGGUUUGCAGUCGGAGGCAUUCUCGGUUGGCCAUUCUCUAUGGCCUUAUCUGCCCCUUUCUUGAUUGAAGAGGUUGUUUUUGCUAGUUUAAGCGAUAAGGACGCGAUCAUCGACACCGUGAUGCGAUUUCUUAGAGGAGUCGUUGGAGCACUUCUUGUUCUGUUCUUCGAAUUCCUUGUUUCUGGCUUUUUCUACAGACAACUAGUGGUUGUCCCUCUGAAUAUUGUUCUUUACAACAUCUUCAGUGGUGAGGGAAGAGGCCCUGAGAUAUAUGGUACCGAACCAUGGCAUUUUUAUAUCCGUAAUCUACUCCUCAAUUUCAAUAUUUGGUUUGUGCUUGCAAUUUCAGCCUUCCCUCUUUUCAUACUUCAAAAGCUAUUUGGGUCGCGAGAAGGCGGUACCACAACAGCUCUUCGCAGCAUUGUCUUUGUGGCCCCAUUUUACAUAUGGCUUGCGAUUUUUAGCUUUCAACCACACAAGGAAGAGCGUUUUAUGUACCCAGCGUACCCAUGCCUUGCACUUAAUGCGGCCAUGUCACUCCACAUUCUCCUGGCUGCGUUUGGUCGUUCGGAUCCUAAAACCUUGAUUGGUAAGAUUCCAGCCAAAUUGAAGCUAUUGUUUGUGAGCUUCUUUGUCAUCGGAUCCGUGGACGUCGGCCUAGCAAGGAUUUAUGGGAUCUAUACAGCAUACUCGGCGCCCUUGAAGAUAUAUAGUCCUCUCCAGAAUGGUACCCUUGGGUCACGAGGAGACUCCGUCUGCUUUGGUAAAGAAUGGUACAGAUUCCCCAGCUCUUAUCAUUUACCAAAUGAUAUGAAAGCAAAAUUUGUAAAGAGCGAAUUCGAUGGACUGCUCCCCGGCGACUUCUCUGAAGCUAGUGAGGGAUUUGGGAUCUGGUCAACAUGGCUCAUCCCCUCAGGUAUGAAUGACCAAAACAUUGAAGACAUGGGCAAAUAUGUAAGCAAAUCUCGCCUCAUCGUAUUUUCGGCGGUGAUCUAA